AUUCUUCUUGGGCUGCUAGGCUCCUUCCAGCCGCCUCCACCGACCGAGCGGCAUGUGUUCCGUGGUUCCCGAUUAUUCUCCCGGCUUUAAGAAGCCGCCGGAGAUAUUGCGCUUGAAGAGGAAGAGGCCUCGGAGAAGCGAAACGGUCGCGCUUUCCGGAGAGUCUUCCUUUGCGACAACCCUCAAGGACUCGCCUGUUCCCCCUCGGCUCGGUCCGGGGAGUCGGCGGCGCAACCCCUUCACAAACGUGGGAAACACGCCUUGUCUUCUGCCGGAACCCAGUCUGGUUCAAUCUUCUACCCAGAGACUUGCAGAAGUGGAGUGGUUAGUGGCGAGGAAUGACGUAUCCAGCAGAUCCGAGAAGCAGUUUUUAAAAAGUCAUGACAAGGAUGGUUCCACAUGGAAGGAAGAGCUUUCUAAAAUAGCAACUGCUGAAACAUUGAUCAAAGACUCUUUGGCCAUUUCUGAUACUGAAGUUCCCUCUUCACCAAGUUUUGAAUUUCCUGCGGACUGGAGCAUUAAAACCCGUCUUCUAGUCACUUCUUCUCAGUCAUUUGCAUGGGCUGAUCACUUAAAAGCUCAAGAAGAAUCCCAAGGAUAUAUCCAGCAUUGUAGAGCAACAUUAAUAAACUUACCCCAAAGUAUCCAGGAGCCAAAACUUUCCACAGAACUUCGUUGCGCUUUCCAGCAAAAUCUAAUAUAUUGGCUUCAUCCCUUCUUCCCAUGGCUACCACUUUUUCCUCGAAUUGGAGCUGACAGAAAAAUGGUUGGAAAAAGUCAUCCUUGUGCCUUUAAUGAAGAACUCCAACAAAUGUUCAUGAGUGAAUGGUCUCUCAGUUUUACCUCUCUUUAUAACUUGUUGAGAGCCAAGCUGUGUCCCUAUUUCUAUGUUUGCACUUAUCAAUUCACUGUGCUGUUCCGUGCAGCAGGACUUGCUGGGAGUGAUAUGAUCACUGCAUUAAUUUCUCCCACAACCAAAGGAUUAAGGGAAGCCAUGAAAAAUGAAGGUAUUGAAUUUGAUUUACCAUUUCAAGGAAUUAAACAAAAAAAUUUCAAUGCUUCAGCUUCUCCUUUAGAAACAGAAGUUAAAAAAGAUACUGAAAAGAAAUUGAAUGAAAUUGAAGAAGAAUUGGAAAUGAGUGGUGGUGAUGGUAGUGAUGAUGACGAUGAUGGAAUUUUAUGGCUGAUGGAAAUGGGAAUUGAAGACAAAAUUAAAAAACCAGACACAAUUUCUACCAAAUUCUGCAAAGAAAAAAAUGAGAUGAAAUUGGAUCACAGGCCUGAAUCUGUAGUGUUAGUAAAAGGGACAAAUACAUUUACUUUGCUGAACUUCUUGAUAAAUUGUAAAAGUUUAGUGGCUUCUGCAGGUCCUCAGGCAGGCAUCCCUCCAACAUUGCUCUCCCCAGUUGCUUUUAGAGGCGCAACAAUGCAGACACUCAAGGCCCGAAGUAUAAAUGUCAGAACACAAGCCCAUUCGCAUUAUAAAGAUCUAUUUAGCUUGGAGAUUGUGGGACCUAUAAUGCCCCAUUGUCUCCAUUCUUUGUCCAUGCUACUAAAAUCUGCUCAAAAUGGAACUUUCUCCGCUAUAUGUUAUACUCAUGAACCAACAGCUGUGUUCAACACAGGUAUCAGCAAUAAGCAGCAUAUGAAGGAAUCUUGUAUCAAAGAACUUUCCAAUUGUGGAUUGCAUCCUAACACUUUAAGUCAACUUGCUCUUAAUUCAACACUAGGAAAAUCUUCAAUACGGCUCCUAGACAUGAGUGAUUAUCUCUACACAUGGAAAACCUAAGCAACUAAAUGAUAAUUUAAAACGGCUUACCAGGAACACUUCCUUGUGCACAAUGAUCAAUUUUAUUCAUUGACUUUUGUAUAUAGUCCUUAUAUAACCGCUUUAUUUUUCUUAAACUUGUAAUAUCUGAAGUAUAUUUUUAAAUUAAACUUUAAGAAUUGACAUAA